AUGUGGAUCGCCUGGGAGAAAAACAUGGAUGAUGGCAGGAAAACGGUUUUCCCUAGUGACCGCACCUACGGUGCCUUGCCGGGAAGGCGGAUGUUUCCCGCAAUGAGAGUGAAGAUCUCAGGUUUAGACCCACACCAGCAGUAUUAUAUUGCUAUGGAUAUUGUGCCAGUGGAUAACAAAAGAUACAGGUACGUCUAUCACAGCUCCAAGUGGAUGGUAGCUGGCAACGCGGACUCGCCGGUCCCACCUCGCGUGUACAUCCACCCCGACUCGCCGGCCUCGGGCGAGACGUGGAUGAGGCAGGUGAUCAGCUUCGACAAACUCAAGCUCACCAACAACGAGCUCGACGACCAGGGGCACAUUAUCCUGCACUCUAUGCACAAGUAUCAGCCUCGUGUCCACGUCAUCCGCAAGGACUGUGGCGACGACCUGUCCCCCGUCAAGCCUAUCCCUUCGGGAGAAGGGGUCAAGGCGUUCUCCUUUCCGGAGACAGUUUUCACUACUGUCACAGCGUACCAAAAUCAACAGAUAACUCGUCUGAAGAUUGACAGAAAUCCAUUUGCCAAGGGAUUUAGAGAUUCAGGACGUAACAGGAUGGGACUGGAAGCUUUGGUAGAAUCUUAUGCCUUCUGGAGACCUUCACUGAGGACACUUACAUUUGAAGAUAUACCUGGGAUACCCAAACAAGGAAACACAGGUUCCUCUACUUUACUCCAGGGAUCUGGCAGCGGAGUGCCAUCUACCCACCCGCACCUUUUACCAGGUUCCCCUUGCUCAUCUCCAGCCUUCCAUCUCAGUCCCAACACCAGCCAACUCUGUAGUCUUGCUCCUGCCGACUACACAGCUUGCGCCCGCUCCGGCCUGACCCUGAACAGAUACAGCACGUCUUUGGCUGAGACCUACAACCGGCUCACAAACCAAAGCAGUGAGACGUUUGCGCCCCCGCGGACUCCCUCUUACGUUGGCGUGUCGAGUAGCGCAACUGUGAAUAUGUCCAUGAGUGGCAACGAUGGGGAUGCUUUCAGCUGCCCACAAACUGGCAUUUCUAUGCAGAUUUCAGGGAUGUCUCCACAGCUCCAGUACAUCAUGCCAUCCCCAUCCAGCAAUGCCUUUACCACUAAUCAAAGCCACCAAGGCUCCUACAACACAUUCAGACUGCACAGUCCCUGUGCACUCUAUGGAUAUAACUUUUCCACAUCCCCUAAACUGGCUGCCAGUCCUGAGAAAAUUGUUUCUUCCCAAGGAAGUUUCUUGGGGUCCUCGCCAAGUGGAACCAUGACGGAUCGGCAGAUGUUGCCCCCCGUGGAAGGAGUGCACUUACUUAGCAGUGGGGGGCAGCAGAAUUUCUUUGACUCUAGGACCCUAGGAAGCUUAACACUCUCGUCUUCUCAAGUGUCUGCACAUAUGGUUUGAUGAAGCCUUAAGUAAAAGUACAGUAUGUUUGGUGUCUACAAUCUAUUUCUUUUGGAAUAUGAAAGGACACUCGAUGUAGCUUGUAAAGCAUGUGUAUAUAUAAUAUGAGAGGAAGUUUCACUGAAUUUUUGAUUUGCUUGUGGCCAGAUUAUUCUCCUAUUUUGAGUUACAUGGAGUUUGUUGCGGCACGGACUGCUUUAGUUUUUCUGGUAUAAUAUACUUAGUUGUAUAACACGUCGGGACAUAUGCAACAAAUUAAGUAAGACUUCCUCCCCUUUUCCCCCUUCCUCUGUUCUAACCCCUUUAAAGAAUGAAAUGACACUUAGAGUAUUGAACAACACAAACAAGCCCACGUACAUGUCCUAUAAUACUAGGGAGUUUCUCUAAAACAGUCUUGCAAUGCUAAGCUGAUGCACCAAAGACAUUUUACAAGUUUCUUCUGUUGUAAGGGAUAUGAAGGGCAUUUGGACUUAAAGUGUUAAACGUCAAGCAUCCAGUCUGAAACAGAAGCUUAGCUAAUGGAUUAUUUAUACAAAGUGAAUGGAAGGAAUAGUUUGCCUCCUCAUGAUAUGCUGUUUCUAGCAUAUCUGGCAUUCUUACUAGGAUCUUCUUCAGUGUUAGCCUAGAUUUAUGAUUAGGUGUUUAAAGAAAGGAUUUAAAGACAAAUAAUGCAGAUUCAAACUGUGGUGAUACGAGUGAUUUUAAACCAACAGCAGAA